AAUUAUUGUCAUGGACUAUUCGUUUUAAAUUUUUACUAAAUAAAUAAUGUACCUAAUUGCGUCUUUAGACUCCUCUGGCUAGUAGCAAAUUCCUUGUGUAAUGAACAAAGAAUAAGUAACAAUCUAUACAUAUUUUUUCUUUGGGAAGUGAAUAUUGAAUUUUGUGAUUCCGUUAUGAAUUAUUUUUGUACUUAGGUAGGUAGUAUAUUCUGCGUUCAAUUGUCUCUGACGUUUAUUGAAGACGCCAUGUUUGUCACGUUUUUGCCAAUUGUAAUAUAGAUUUAAUCGAAUAUACAACAUUUAAAGUUUACACUGCGGGCAGUUGUUAUCCAGUGAUAAUAAAACAAAUCAAAAUGAGUGCGGGAUAUCCAUCAAAAAAGGAGAAACGCCCCAGAUCAUCAAACGACGUCAAUAAGUCGUUUGUCAAGAAUGUAACAUCGAGAAUGUCAGGUUUAUUGCCAUCUUCUAUUACAAAAUGGUUUGGUAGUCCCAGUUCCUCAAACACUAAUGGUUCAGCACCCGUUGCGGAGUCCUCAGAUUCUUCAACAGAAGAUGAGGCAACAGAUAAUCCAAUUGCUCAACCUCCUUCUAAAAGGAUGCGCUUCAGUUCCCCAUCUUUACCAAAUGUCUCUGUGGUACCCGAAACAAAAAGUACUGGUACCAAUACAGAAUCUACUGAGACGUUCAGUGUAGUGAACUCUGCAACAGGUAGGAGCAAAUUUAGACCAGAAACAAUAUCAACACCUGUACCUUCUUCUACUGAAGCAAAAAUCUCAGAACGUGGAAAAGACACAGCAGUGUAUAAAUCGCAAAAUUCUUCUUAUUCAACUAAUCAGUCAAUUGUAAAAAAACGAAAAUCACUCUUUGAUGUAACAGAUGAUGAGAAAACCAGUGAUAAACUGCAACGAUCAAAUUCAGUGCUGGAUCUUAGGCAACCAUAUUUUAAACCUGCUUUAUUUGGUUCGCCAUUUUACCCAGGACAAACAAGGUAUGGGGGAGCGGCAAGUUCUUACAUGAACAAGCCAAACAUUAAAACCAGAAAAGACACAUUAAUUAAUCAACCUGCUAACAAUGACAACGUAAACAUUAGUCAUGCUACAAGACGUGUAAUGGAUUUAUUGGAAAAUUAUUCUUCUCCGUUAAUAGAAGCCAAGAGGAUAUCACAAUUCGUAAGGUCCCCUAACAGCUUGGAUAAUUCACUAAGUACUAAAGGCUACAAAACUGAAGAACUCCAUGUGCCAAGCAUUGCUAAAACAUUGCGACUCAAACAAAAGUCAAGACUAAUGGAUACCACAAGUGCUGCUCGCCAAUUAAUAGCUUCAAAUAGCAGUUCACUAUCCUUUACACCAUCUCCCUCUUCAAAAAGUCAUGGCAACAUUCCAAAUGAAAAAUCCGAUAAAUUAACUACUAAAAUGAAAACCAAGAUAACACGGAUUAACCGGGAUGAUACUGCAGCAAGCGAAAUUGAUGGGUCAGCCAUAGUUCCACUGCCCACUGCGGUUUUACAAAUUGAUCACAAUAACUUACCGAAAUUUACGUUAGGUGCUUCUGUUUCCUCAUGCGUGUCUAAAAGGAGAAAUUUGGAGAAACCUACUGCAAAUUCUACGACUGGAACUACUACUACUGCUACAUCUACAAUGCCCAUUUCUACUACCAAAUUGAUGAAACGAGAUCCUGUACCUAAGAAUAUAACUGAAAUUGCCUGUAAGCCACAAACCAUUUUAAAUGACGAUUCUUAUAAAUUUUCGAGUCCUGUAAUGAUUAAUAAACGAACAGUAAAAAAUUCUUCAUCACUCCCUAACUAUACUUUUGGCUCUCCAGAUCGGCGGACAAUAGAAGAAUCGAAAGACAAAGAAUCUCUUAAUACUGGAAACAAAAAAGCAGAAACUCAAUCACAAACAUGGAAUUGUGACGAUUGCUGGGUUUCUAAUAAAUCUGGUUCUCACAUGUGUGUUUGUUGUGGUGCGAAGAAACCUGCAAGUAGUGAGAGCAAACCUAAGUGCUGUUCUUGUUGUAAGGUUGUUCCGAGCCAAAAACAUUCUGAAAGAUGUAUUGACUGUGAAAUGAAAAUUGACAAAGUAGCUAAAUCCUUAACAAAAAUCAUUGAGGCAUCUAAAUGGAAAUGCCAGGAUUGUUUGGUGAGCAAUGUUGAAGGUGUGGACAAAUGCGUUUGUUGUGGUGGUAAAAAAUCUCAAGAGGUAGGUCCUGUCGCUAACUCCAAGUCAGCUGAUAUUGCUAGCGACUGGAAAUGCGAAGUUUGCUUAAUAAAAAAUAAGAGUAUUGCUGAUAAAUGUGUAGCAUGUGAUGCAACAAAGCCUACUCCUAAACAAAGUGAUCCUAAGGACAAAUCACCAAAGUCAAAAAUCUCUAAACCUCCAGCAAGUAAUGAUUCUUCUUUUAAGAAAAUUAUUAAUUUACAAAGUGAUAAAUGGGAGUGUUCAAAUUGUUUGGUACGCAAUGACAAAGAUAGAAGUAAAUGUCUCUGUUGUGAUACAGAAAAUCCAAGCAAAAUAAAGGAGUCGGAAAAGAAUAGUUUUAAUUUUAGUACACAUAAUACAACUUUUAAGUUUGGUAUCGAACCUGCCCACAAUGUCUCUGAAAAAAAGGCUGAGUCCUUCCCUGUAACAAGAUUAGGAACUACAGUUAAAGAAUCUGAAACCAAUAAUAAUAUUGUAACUAAACCUGCAUCUUUUACUUUUGGUACAUCAAAACCAAAAUCUUGUGCUAUCAAUAUCACAGAGAAAGAAACAAAAGCAGAAGGAACUCCUAAACCAACAUUCAAAUUUGGCGUAUCGAAACCCAUGGUAUCAUCGGCACCGACCACUUCUAACCUUUUCAGAAACCCAAUCGAAACAGGCACAAAGUUACCUCAAAUUAUCCAACCAAAAAAAUCACCAGGAACUGAUGAAAAAGUCCAAGAAGUUCCAAAUAUAGAAGAAUUUAAUAAGACUGCGCUACCAAAUACACAAAAGCUAGUUGGUAUAUUUGGGAUAUCUUCGAAUACUUCAGCAGCUACGACUGCACCAGUGUCGCGUUCUUUUGGUCAAAUGGCUAAGACUCCGGCAGGACCUUCUGUCUCCACAACUGCUGUUGAUGCCAAAGUUCCUCAAAGCACUUUCACUUUUUCGGCUUCUAGUAUCAAACCAGGUUCACAAUUAUUUUCUGCUGUAACAACUGCUUCUACAGUUCCUGCUAUACAAGCACCUUCAACUUCCUCUACUUCCAUGUUCCAAAAAAGAGAACCUGCAUCUCCAGUGAACUUUUUUUCUAAAACCGAUUCAGUACCUUCUUCAUUAACCUUAUUUGAUAAAAACGACUCCAUCACGACCUCAGCAGCGCCGUCGUCACUCCCUAGUGCCCCAGUAUUUAGCUUCAGAGCUAAUACUACAAAUAUACAAACUGAGAAGCCGAAGUUUAAUUUCACUUUUGGAAGUAGUUCUGAACCUACUUUAUUUAAUUUGCCGACAUCAAAUACCGGUAAUACAUUGUCUGGUAAUGGUUUACCUAGUAGUCAUGCUACUUCUGGUAAUAUAGUAUCUGGAGGUAAUGGGUUAGCAACAGGAGGCACUGUAGUUGGUACCAGCCAUUCUUCGAACUCAGGACUCUUGGGAGGACCAGCAAAGAAGGAAAAUAUAAUGUGGUCAUCGAAUCAGUUGGACUCCUCAAUUAAAAUGUCACCAGGCAAUAACGCAGUACAAGGCGUCAAUAAUUUACCUGCGAUUCAAUCCGGCAAUCCUUUUUCGGUUCAAGCAAAAGAAGAUAACACAUGGUCGCUGAAUCAGAACACACCUACUGAUAAUAUAAAGUCGACUCCAUUACCUACAGGAAACAAUGUAGACCCUGCUAAUAAUGUAUUAGGGGCUGCGUCAGGGAGCAGAAUAUUUGGAGCACCCGAAAAGAAAGAGAACAUGUGGUCUAAUAAUUCCAAUAUGUUUGCAUCAAACGCUGGGGCAAGCAAUUUGCAAAAGCCCGGGUCUUUUUCUUUUGGAUCAUCGAUGCAGUUCGAUUCGAACAACGUGACACCUGCUCCGACUUUUGGAAGCCUCGCUCAACCUACACAAAACCUCUUUGGGAUGUCAAGCCAAGUAAACAAUAAUCAGCCAGAUAUGUUCUCAUCAACAUUACAAAGUCAAGCUCCGUCAAAUAUGUUUGGAGGGCAAACGGUUAACAAUAAUUCACCAUCAGUGGGAAUGUUUGGGACGAUAAAUACAGGUGCAACUCCGUCAUUUGGGACACCCAAUUCAACAAUAUCCACAUUUGAGGUUGCACCAUUGAAUUCGGUUCCUACGCCGACAUUUAAUUUUGGUGCUCAACAGACAACAGGAGUAUUUGGAUUUGGACAGCAACAAGCGCAGAGCCAAGGUGCAGUUUAUAACUUCGGGGCCCAGGCGUCAGCAUCACCACAACGGCAAUUCAACAUAGGAACUGCAGGCGGAGCUCCCAACGCAAUGGGCCGUCGCCCAAUAAGGAGGGCAGUGCGUCGGACCAACCAACGAUGAAUUUCAUCUUUCAUCGCCAACAACUUGCACGCAGUUCAUUGACGAAGUUUUAUACUUAGUGAGUUUACCCUAGGAUAAUAACUUAUGUGUAUUAAAAUAAAUACGUGAGCGUUAAGGAUGGAUGUUUACGCAGUCUUGCUCAUCCUUUCUCACUACAGUAAAUUUAAUUCAUAUGAGACGACAGAAUAUGAUAAAGAAGUAUGUGUAGAAAAUGAUUUAGCAAAAUUUUAGAUAAGUCGGUUUUAUAAGUUUAAGAAUUUUGACACUGACUGGUUUUCUAUAUUAAUUUCAAGGAACGGCUAUUUAACUAAUAGAUUUAUGGUCGAUGCUCACCGGAAGCACUCGCAGCGCAAACCUUCGUUUGCUAAGCAUUCGUUAUCUAUCGUUUUCCACGCAAGUAUAUUUCGCAUGAAGAACAGUUUGAUGAGUACUUAAUAAAGAAUUCCAAAAGUUGUGCUCGCAAAAUAGAAUGCGCAUGCGUUUUGUUCGUAAACAGAACGAUUUGGUGAAUACGUAAAAACAUAUUUCUAAGGAAUGAAUUCGCUCUCGCAACGAGUCCUAGUACAAUUUAGUUUGCAAAGUCGAAAGCUCCCGUCGAGUCCGUCCUUGCAGUAUAAAACGGAAAAUCAGUUUUACGUUUGCAGGUUAGGCAUAUAAAAUCCUAAAAAGAAAUCGUCUUCCUCUUAAGCAGUUUUACCUGAUCUCCUUGUCCCGGCGACUUUUGGAAUUAAUGGUAAUGAAAAAAAUAAUUGAAUAUUUGAAUUUAUUGACAUAUAAAAAUAAGGCGCUCUAACUACACCUGUUAUAGAGCUUUUCUUUAAAUUUAGAUUUAAUAAUAGGCUUGCAAUGUCUAUCUAUUAGUGACGACAGCCUGUAUUAUGGUAGAUUAUCUAUGACAACUGCGUUACAAGGAUAGUUCAAGUCGCAGGAAUUACUUACAAUCUUACUUAACAUAGUGACGAGAGAUGAUUUAUAAUUCAUCUCAAUAUAGUACGAAUAAUUCUUAUCAAUGCACAUGUGGUAUAAUUUUCAAUACAUUUGUGAGUGAAAAAAAAUAUGAUGCUUGUUAAGUGCCCGUAAGUUACCAAAGAGAAUGUAAUGCCUAAGAUAUCAAGAUUUUUACGUAUUGGACAAAGAUUACUAUACAAAAAACAAUAAACUAAUACAACAAAAGGGAUUGUUAAAUUAAACCGUAUUCAUCAAAACCACGUAAUUUAUCCAUCAUUGCUAUUAACUAAAUACUUUUGGACUAAUAUAGGAUUUCUUUAAACAACUAGAUAUUAUAUUAUGUAUCGGAUGUUAUGUUGGGAGAUGUCACUGAGGCGUAAUUCGCAACCAUUCAAAGAUUAUAAUUUAGGUAAAGGUAAGCAAGAAUUUUGUGGGGUACAGAGAUUACACUUUUUUUUAAAACUUUAAAGUUGCUCAUCACACCUUAUCUUUAAUAGUUUAAGAUUUGGUCCUACUGAAUCACUCGCCUCUUAAGACAGAAAUUUAGAAUAAUCCAUUCAGAAUGUCCAGUAAUUUUGACUGUUAAAUAUAGUUAAAGAAAGAAAGAAAACUCAUAAAAUAUGUAUGUCCAAGUAAUACAAAAAGAAGGUAGAAAUAAAAAAAUUAAGAACUUAAAAUAUGUAUGUAACACCUAAACCUAUCUCAUAUGUUAAAAAACACAUAUGUAAAACAAAAUGGUCGCGCUCAACUUGCGUAAGCGCAUGAGCCCAAAUAAUGUAGCUUUUUUUAAAUAUCGAGGUUACAAACAACCUGUAAUGCAAACAACAGGUCCCUCUUGUUAUCUACAUAUAUUAUUUGUUAAAUGGUAAAACGUUGAUCUUGGUUGGGAUCAAAUUGUUCUUGUUUAUAUUUGCCAUAUUUGUUUAUUUGCCACAGUUCCCUUGUGGUUGUUUUACCCCCUUAUUAGUUACCGCCUCACUUAUUGCUCCCAAAAUGACACCCUUUAAGCUAAUUGAUCAUACUUACUGUGCAUAUUCUGCACUAUGUGAGCGUAAGAGACUAAAUUAAUGUUUUGAAAACGGUGAUCGAUGAGCCACUUUGCGAGCAAAUGUAUUGAAAAACAUAUAAUAUAAGUAGAAAUAACUCGUUAGAUCAAUAUCCAUGGCAGCUUAGCACAAAUAUCAAUAACAUUGUACUCUGAUUGCCUCAUGAAGGUAUAGACAUAUACUUAGUGUACUAGCAUUAUCGAUACACACAGUUGAUGUGGCUGUAUCAUUAAAUUUGACUUGCGUAUUGCGUAAUAUGAUUAUUUUGUAAUAUGAUAUGACAUUUUGACUUUUAAUAAAAUUUUGCAGACUUGCGUUACAAAAAAUACCUGUCAGUGCUCAUGAAAUAAAAGUUUAGAUAAAUUUGUCUCGGGUGCCUGAGUAAGAGUGGCCACAAAUAGUGCUUGUCAUCGGUGUACUUUUUUUUAUAAAAAUUAUCAAUAUUUUCACUUAAAGUUCAACUCACUAUUUUCGCUACAUAUUAUUUAAAAAAAGUUAUAUCAUCAAUCUCGAUUUUAAGUAUAUCAGAAAAUUAUAACUCUUUGUUAUUAUUAUUUAAUUUGACGAAUCAGUACUACUUAGUUACCAUCCUUGUUCUUAUCCUCUCCUAUUUACUGCUCUUUGUUCCAGUUUAUAAUAUAAACACAGUAAUGUGUGUUGCAGGAAAAAAUGUGUUGAACAACAUACAUAUAUGUAACAACAUGAAAGAUCAAACUCACAUUUUAAUCUCUAACAUUUUUUUUGUAUAUUUAUGUUCCAUAGGAAAAAAUUGUUGUACUGACGUAUAUAUUUUGUAAUAAAUAACAGUUUGUUUUUGAUUUGAAAUAUAAAUUAAUUAUUUUAUUUAACAACACUUCAUAAAAAUAAUUCAGUCGACUUUGGUCUAUGGAACAGUUAUUAUUUAACUUUGCUUGUACAUAUUCUAUAGUAUAAUAAACAGAACUCGUUUUUCGUGAUCUUCGUUGGAAAUUUUAGGAGCAGUACCCACCUUAUUAAGGUGAUAGUUAUUUUGGAGAGUUAAGUUUCACGUAACAUAUUACGUGUUUUACAUAUAAUUCGGACUAAGGUAGAUAAACUAAAUGAGGCCUUUACUGUGCUCCUUACUCUAUUGAUUAUACGGUAACGCAAUUAUGUGUGUAUUAUAUAGUAAAAGUAUUUACCGACGAUAAUAACUAUUAUCAGGUAAGGAUAAAGAGUUGGACCUAAAUAAUAGAUACUAAACAACAGUAGUGGCCUAAAUAAAAAUGCAGUAAUAUUGCAGGGUGAAAAUCUAGUUAAAUAAAAUUACGUAAUACUAAAACAGUUCAUUCUUUAUUUGCAAUGACAUUUUUAAACAAAUAACAUGUGUUAUUAUAUGAUGAAUACAAAUAACACUGGCUAUUAAAAAAAUAUUCCAUACAUCAGUAUGUAACAUCAGAUUGCUGUGUUUUUCUUCACCUAUCUCGGUGGAUACGAACAUCUUUACCAAUGAAGUACCUCUACUUUCUAUAGAUAGAAUAAAAUUAAAGUGAACAAUAUAAAAAAUAUUUAGUAGAUAAUUUUGUAGAACAAAAAGGGCUUAUAUACCCCCGCGUUUCGGGACGGACAUAUCGUAACAGGUUAGAUCCCUUAGAAGCCGUUGACCCAGGAUAUGAUAAAAAAUAUGCGUAAACCGUGCGGGAUGUACGUAUAAAUAUACAAUAUUUAUAAGAAACACUUAAACCUACUCACUAAACGAGGGAAACAUGCUAAAAUUACUUAAUUUUGUACUGUUACUUUUUACUUUUACUAAUUAUUAUUUAAAAACCACUGAACUUAUAACGUUUCGAACUUAUGUAGUUAUAUAAAGCUAGUUGUGUUCUUUCUGACUAGUAUCUAUUUCAUUUACGAAAAUAUAUAAUAAAGUUUGUUAUAAUUCCCUGUAACAAUAAAUUUUCUAGAGGAACAUAUUGCUCUUUAGCGAUGUUGCGGAAUAUUGCUGGUACUGGAAGUAGGCAGUGCCAGGCUUAUAUAGAAAUCAUCAGCAACUUCAGUACGGAUAUAAAAUUACUAGUUCGUAAUAAUAAUUUAUGGAAAUGUUAAAAACUUGAAUUACUAUGUGGACUAAACCUUAUAUUAUUGAACCUAUCUCACGCCAAAAACUCUUUCUAAAAUUAGCGUGGCCUAAUCCUAACACGGCCAAAUAAAAAAUGCUGAGAAAACACAAUUAUUUAAUCGUAUAAUAAACUAAAGCUACUAAAAUAAAUAAUGUCAUG